AUGCAUUCGAGAGCUUCGAGUGCUGCAGUGUUGACACCAACGGGCGAUGCUAUCAAGACUUCUGAUGCUGCGGAGCUGCUCCGAGGCUUCAAUGACCAGGCUACCGCGGGGCUGGAGAGGGUCGAAGGAAGCUCAAAGCGUUCCGUCGAGGGCUGCUCCCUUUACAAUGUCAAUAUACGCAAGGACUACGAGCAGAAAGCAUAUAUCAGGGCAGUUCAACGUCUUCUGACUAGACCGUCCAAGGUCGAUUCUUCGGCUGUUCCUGGUGCUCGCACUCGAUAUGAUGACUUUGUAGCCAUCCACAUUAACCAGACAUUGAGCAUUCAUGGGACCGGUAAUAUUGUGACGUGGCACCGGUAUUUUCUGCAUUCGUACGAGACGGCUCUGCGCGACGAGUGUGGGUACGAGGGAUACCAACCGUACUGGAGAUGGUUCAAGUAUCGAGAUAAUCCGACCGAAAACACUCUAGUUGACGGCAGCGAAUACAGCAUUGGCGGUGACGGUGAAUUUUGGGAACACAAUGGCAGCACGGCCGGUAUAGGCUCUGUCAAAAUCCCUCCAGGUAACGGCGGCGGCUGCGUCACGAACGGCCCUCUCGCCAACAUGACCAUCAACAUCGGACCCGUCCGACCUGGCAUGAGCGGCGUCAAGGCAAAUCCUGAAGGCCAAUUUGCUUACAACCCCCGUUGCUUGAGACGCGACCUGAGCUCCUACACGCUCAUCAAGUGGAUGACCGCCACGGAUCUCAUCAACAUCACUGUGCUACAUACGUUGCAGGCUGACCAAGUUGCGGGCACCAUUACGAUCCUGGACAAUCCACCCAGCCGGAACGCAGUCAAGGAAGACACCAUCUCCAUGGGCGUGCUAGCGAAAGACGUUACUAUUGGACAUCUCAUCAACACCCUCAUUGGAAGGCCGUUGUGUUAUGUGUAUGUGUGA